CCGAAGGAGAGCAAGCACCAUAGCCUUCUUAUGCCAUACGCUUCAAGACUCAGAUAGAACGACCCUUGCCGAUUCCAUCAUACCUCAAUAAAAAAACGCUCACUCUUCUCUUGAGGAGCUUUUGCACUCACGUGACCGGUAUUCAUGAAAUACGAGCUGCCUCUCUCAAUCAUUCGCCCUCAUUAUGGAUGACUUCUUAGAUACCUCAGGAAUUGAUAUGAAUAACAAAUCAAAUCUUUCCAUAUAUAUACAAUUGAUUACCUUCAGCAAAGGUUCCGCGGAUGAAAUGAUCAUUGAUGUACGAGAAGAUUGCCAAGUCGAGACUGCUCGAUGUCUGUCUAAACGGCUGGACUUUCGGUUUCGCUAUGCAUAUGAGACUCGCAGAGCCACAAUCACCCGGAACUCAUCUCUUCAUACUUUGGAGGUACCCGACUUGUACGAUUAUCAGACUGAUUUACAAGGAUCGUUUUAUCACGACUUUAUUAUUGAUACUGGAGAUUCAAACAUGGAUGUGGAUAUCUCUGCAUACCAAGAUUUCUUAGCACCACUACCUGAAUUCUCUGGUGACUUUGAUGUAUUUGCGCAAGAUAUGGGACUUUCAGAUGAGCGGUCCGCAAGCGUGCUAUUGAAUGAUGUGGACCUGGACAACAACACCUUUGGUACUUCUACAAACUUUCAGAUAGGGCAUGAUGGCGAAAAAAACCUGCCAGACUGGUUUGAUCUGGUAAAUAUUGUGAACCAAGAUCACUUUGACCCGGACACCAACAUGCUGGAUGAUACUCGACUCGACAAUACUACUUUUGAGAAUGCACAUGAAUCAUGCGAAAGUCUUCAAUCGGGAAUAGAUACUCCAGUUGCUAGCGGAAUUCAGAACUCUAUAACCGAUAUACCAGCAUGGAGAGACGCACCUCCAGUUCCAGUGGCGGUACUAGACAUACCAACACCUCGACCUCUUAGUCCCGUAGAGCUAGUCCACAGUGUCCCAUCAAAGAAUUCACAGUCACAAGGAAUCGACAUUGUUGUCAAACCUAUUCUGAAUCGAAGCGAUUCUAGCCUCGAUAAUACAGCAUCAAGCUAUCAAGAAGGGGUUUUUAGUUCGACGCCCGGUUGUUCGAGUAUGCCAACUACUUAUGGAUCUUCACCUCAUCGUAUGGGCCCUUUAGACUCCGCCACACGUGCCAAAGCAAAUGCUGUAAAAGCUAUAGGGGCUUGUUGGCGCUGCAAGUUCUUACGAAAGCCAUGUGAUGCACAAAACUGCUGCAUUCAAUGUAAAGGGAAACAGGGUGGACCGUGGCACAGUAUUGGAUGCAAACGUGGCGAUAUCAAAAAGAAAAUGCUCCCGAUAUUAUUGUGUCCCGCAAGAACCAUUCAAACACGGAAUCCAUGCACAGUAUCGGAAAUGUACAAGCCAUGGCUUUCUGCAAAUCAAUGUCGCUUCGAGAUAUCCAAGCGUCGCGAAAAGAAUUUACGUCCCGAGAUUAUGAGCGCUUCACACCCCACGAAGAUUGGUCAAUUUCUUCAAAAUUUGGCAAGUGGUAGGCCGCUAGCCGUUGAUUUACAACGAAACAGAUCAUCCUUGUUAGAAAGGUUCAGAGACACUGCACCAGCUGUGUUGAAGCCGCUUGAUGACUGCAUUUUGACUAUACUUUGGGGAUUUCUCAAUUGUGAAAGUGCAGAAAAAGCAGUCCAACCCUGGAUAACAUUACACAGUGGGACCAUAGAAGAUCUUAUAUUACUUCUACAUUCUGCAGCUAUAUAUCAAGCAAGUUUUGAAAGUAACCAACUAAUUGCUUACUCACUCACCUGUCUUCGCACUUGCGUCGAAGCUCUGCACAUCAAUACAUUGGGGGGCUUCGAGCGUUCGCAUGAAGCAUGUGAAUUAUCUAUUUGUAAGGUCGAUUGCAUACGAGAUCUCGAAUUACAAAUAGAACAGUACCUGGAUGAGCUAUCUCGAGUUAUUUUUCUGAAAGAAAACAUGCGAAACCGAUUCUGGUGGCUGUCAGCUUUCUACAGUCUUUGUAUUCAGGGGGUUGUUCGACAAGCAUUAGUAUUGUUGUCCUCUAAUGACCACAACGAGAUUUCGGGAAUUGAGAAGUCGGGCUCUGCACAAUAUUUACACAUUGCAAUUCGGUUGUUCUCUGUGAGUUCCGGUAGCCAUGAUCCGUUAAUUCAAGACUGGUCUUCUCAACUUGCGUUCCCACCGGCUGGAGUCGGAGCGCCAAGUGUCGAAGAUUACCAAAUUGCCCAAUCAGCGAUCAAUCAAUCCCAGUGGAAAUUCAAAGGUAUCAAGAAGUCUGGGAAUUAUCUGAAGAAACUGUUCGAGGACAAUGGGGGUCCUCUCGCAGAGCCCCACGACGAAUCUGUAACACUCAGUAUCCUACCCGAACCAUAUCUCCCAAAAACCUUUACCUUAGAAACUUGUCGCCAACUUCGCGUCGAUUGGGAUUUAGCUCGAUGCAAUUAUACGAAGAAUUUAUUACAAAUCGUCAAGGAUUAUGGACACAGCUCAAAAGUGUAUACUGAUGCUGAAGAGAAAUGGGGGCUUGUGGAGGCUGAGUGGAAAAGAGUAAGCGACGAGGCUAUGACGAACACUGUCAACCAAGCGCACAAUGGUCGCGAAACACCAUAACCCCUUCUUCCAGAUACAUUGAGCAUUUUGAUGAGCUACCCAAUGAGAGGGCAUCAAACUAUCUCAUGAAACCCUCGGAAAUACCAACGCUAGAUGUCAAGCAUCCACGACAUUGCUUCCACGUCAAACUUGCCCGCCCAAUUUUCGAUUUCUCUUCUAGCAUUACUUAUGCCGCCCUCAAAGCCGAGCUUCUCUCGCCUUAGCCGAGCAAUGAUGAGACUUUAUGGGCGAGAUCUGAAAAGAAGGAAAAGCAGCUAACUUCACGAACCGUUGAAGUCCUAGGGGGGGGGGGGGAGUGAUGCCGAUACCCCGCGAGAACCUGGUUUCCAAAAGUUCUAUAUCUGAGUCAUGAGUCUGGAAUGAACAACUUGUGAAAGUUCAAACAACCUUUUAUCCAGCACGAGGUCACCGCAGUGAGCUCCCAUUUGUGGGAAAAGUUACAAACUCAUCUCAAUUAAUCCAGAAGGGUGAUCUGGGGAUGUCCGAGAAGUCAACAGGUAUCAGGAGAAGUAGAUGAUGUGAAAGAAAAGUCGAAGGUAGAAGGGCCAGGAGAUACGCAUUCACUGUAAAAAGAACCCGAGGAGUUGAUCCACUAUAUCCAUUAAGAUGGACUUAAGGAGGUACUAGAGACCGGCCGAUUUGUGUUUCCUUUCGGGAGUUUUUGAAUUGAUUCUUUUUGGAGGCUCAAUCCAAUGGUGGGAAGGGAAAGGUUAAGAUACCAGAAACUCCAAAUGUGUAGAAAAACACAAACCAUGAGGAGAUGGCCGGCUUUCUUGUUUGCUGUUAUAUACGGGAGAUAUACACAUCGGUGAUGAGAAGAUAAGAAUCAAUGUUAUAUGCGUGAAUAAGGUGGGAUUACGUAUGAAAUCUGCCUAAGCAGGUAGCAAUAAGUAUGUAAUGAACAUGAAAGCCACUCGAGCUUUUGUAUGCAUUACCUUGUAAAAAUACACCCAGCGUACUAUCAAGAAACCAUUUUCCCUAUCCUUGAUGACCUUUUCACAUCGCACAUACACAGACCUUCACAUUAUCUAUCUCCCAUUCCAUCCAAUUCCACAUUGAUUGAUAGAUCCCACAUCUCACACAAACCAUCAUCUG